AUGAUGACCUGUGGAUACCAAGAGGGUUUCGGGGUCCCCUCACGGCCAGCUCGUCCAGCCGCGAGGGCAGCGCGCAGCUGCCGCCGGCACCCGGCUUCCUGGAGAACGCGCUCAGCAAGCAGGACGAGUGGGCCGAGCUGCGGAUCGAGCCCCCGGGCGCGCGCACGCGAUUGCACCGCCAUCCACGUCGAGGAGACGCACCUGCUGCUCCACCAGCUCGAUGGCGAGGCGCAGGUGACGAUCUGCUCCGGCAGUGCAGGAGAGAAGUUUCGCCAGGCCGCUCCAGACCCCUUCGACGACACGCAGAGCUGCUACGAGCCGUGGGGUGACGGGGCAGUCGUCGACGAGCCCAGCGCGCUGUGGACGGCGGUGCUCCGUGCAGGCGAGGCCGUCACAGUACCACGGGGCUGUUGGCAUGCGGUGCUGACGCUGAGGCCGUCCCUGCUGCUGGUCAGGCAUGUCGUCAAUCGGUCGAACAGCGGAGCAUUCGCAGCGAGGCAGCGCUCUGUCGCGCUGGCGAGGGCGGCGUUUCUCGCGCCCAGCGAGGCCAGGGUCUGCCAGUUCGCGGCGGCGCGCGCCGCGCUCGCCGCACCCGCGGAGGCGCCAGAGCGCUGCGCGGAGCCCAGGCUCUGCGACGGCGACGGCUGCGCGGCGCACGCGACGCUCCUCGGCGAGGACGGCGCCGGCAUCUUCAGCACGAGGCUGCCCGACGGAGCGCCCCCGCGGUUCUUCCGGCUCGGCGCCAAGUCGCAGCCCUGGACGUCCGCCCUGGUCUGCGCGGCCCUGGCCGCCGCGCCGCGGGGCCCCGGGCGCACGCGGGUGGCGCUGGCGCCAGCGGCCGUCUCCGCGGCGGCCCCGGGGGCGCCGCUGCAGCCGGGCGCAGCGCUGCUGGCGGAGGUCGAGGUGGUGGCCGUGCUGUCACAGGAGAGGGCGUCUGGCGCGGCUGCUCCGGCGCAGUGGGCACCGCCGCCGCCACGGCGGAGCCCACCGGCGGCGUGCCAGAGCCGGCCGCCGCCUGCACGCGGGGGGAUGCCUGCAGCUCCUGCGGCGCACUCGGGGCAUCUUUCGUCUGCUCGCGGUGCCGUCAGGCUCGCUACUGCGCCAGCAGCUGCCAGCGCGCGGCCUGGCGGGAGCACAGGGUCAGCUGCGGCAGGCUGCCUCAGGCGGCCAGCGUGGCCGGCGCGGUAG